AUGCACACACGAUUCACUUUUGACGCCACACUUGCUCUGGAGCUCAUGCCUGUGGCUAUUCGGAGUCUUAAGUAUUCGUUCAACGUUGCUCCAUACUCAGCAAGCCCAUGCCCACUGAUCGAUAAUAAGCAGCGUAAGGAGAGUUUCGCCUACAACGCUGUAAUUAACGAUGGUGACAUGGCUCUCCCUGUUGGCGGCAGCGAAUCGGGUCUGAUGCAAAUCAACCAAGACACAGAUGCAGCGAAUGAAACGAAGAACGAAGUUAUCAACGAAAACCCGAUGAAAGAAAAGCCACGAUUUCAUAGGACUUGGUUUCUACGGCGGAGGGCCAGGUUAGGAACUAAUAAUGACGCGAAGUUGAGCACUCGGGAAGAACAAGGAGAUACCGCAGCAACCGAGAGAAUUGUAAGAAAGCAUCGCGAUUGUUACAACAGCUUCUUCGGUCCAUUACACCGCCUGAAAGCGGACAAACACCGCGCGAGGAAAUGCGCCCGGCUGGUAGACUCGUGUUCACUGCUGGUACUGACGGUGGGGUAUGUUCUGGGUAUCUAUCUCAUCUUCAAACUGAACACAACCGAUCAAGCGAGCAAUUUCGCAGACUAGAUGUGUGUAGGGUGCGCUGAGGCAGGGGCCUGUGUGUGUGAAGAGAUGAUUCGGUAUCUGCGGCGGAGGACGUUCCUGUUUGAAUAGUUGUUAAAUUCAAACCAGGAAUGUUGCCGCACAUGGCCAAAGACGAUGCUUGAGAGCUAAAUAUCUCCGCUUCAAUAAAUGUACAUAUAAAAAGAAAAUUGGAAAGGC